AUGUAUGUCUGUUCCUGGCUUCCGCCCCACGCACCUGCCUGCAGCUUCCUCUCCUGCCUGCCGCACUGCUUCGACUCGCCUCUGUGCUACCUCUCCUGCCCGCCGCAGUGCUUUGACUCGCCUCUCUGGGUCGAUCAGGCGGAGCUGGAGGGUGGACCUUCUGUCCUGCUCGUCUCGCCCACAAACCUGCACUUGCUCUUUCCUCUCUCCCACGCCCUGCCCCACGCACCUGCCUGCAGCUACCUCUCCUGCCUGCCGCAGUGUUUCGACUCGCCUCUGUGGUUCGACCAGGCCAUGUUGGAGGAGCAGCAAGGUGGGACUUCCGUCGUGCUCGACUCGCCCAUCACCCCAUACUUGCGCUUUCCUCUCCCCUCCCGCCCGCCCCACACACCCGCCUGCAGCUACCUCUCCUGUUUACCACAGUGCUUUGACUCGCCUCUCUGGUUCGACCAGGCCACGUUGGAGGAGCUGCAAGGCACUCCUCUCUACGACGCUGCAUGUGCGCAGAGGGCCAACUUGAGGCGUGUGUACGAGGAGCAGGUGGAGCCGAUCUUUGCUGCUGUGGUGGCCGAAGCAGAGGGGGAGCAGGGGAGUGGCGAUGCCUCCUGCUGCAUCUCCUUGGACGAUUUCCUCUGGGCCAAUUCCAUCUUCUGGUCGCGAGCUCUCACCCUCCCUCUCACUCCUUGCCUCUCUGCCUACACCAACGACAUUGCGACUGAUGCUGAUCCCGGUGCUGCUGUUGCUGAUGCUGAUCGUGCGGCUGACGAUGCUGGUGGUGCCGAUGCUGCGUCCUCUCCAUCACACUGUCUAGAGGCGAUUGUCCCGGGAGUUGACUUCUGCAACCACUCCCUGCUGCCCUGUGCUCGGUGGGAGGUUCUCACAGCUGACCAGCUCACCCGCUCCUCAGGAAAGAACGGCAGUGGGGAAGACGACCGUGGGAAGGGACAAGACAGAGGGAGGGGAGAUGGGGCAGUAGCUGGUUCAGCGACAUUCGCACAGCCAGUUCAACAGAUGCCCAAUUCUGAUGUUGUGUGCUUGCUGCAAGUGGUGCCUCCUGUAGGAGGUAACGAGGUUACUAUCAGCUACGGGGAGAAGGGCAACGAGGAGCUUCUGUUUCUCUAUGGCUUCGCCAUUCCCAACAACCCCCACGAGUGCCUUAUGCUCAACUACCCCCCGGCUCAGCUCCAGGAAGACCCAUGCGCCGACACCAAGCUACAGCUAUUGGCCGUGCAGGACCUCUCGCUACAAUGGAUCAUUCCGCGUUCCUCCAAGUAUCCCAACAAUCAUCUUCAAUAUGGUGGUGCUUCAUCUGCCAGGACUAGGAAGGAGCAGGGGCAAGAGGAGAGGCAGGGGCAGGAGAAGAAGAAGGAUCAGGAGGAAACUCUGGGGCAGGAGGAAAAUCAGGGGCAGGAGGAAAAGCAGGGGCAGGAGGAGAAGCUGGGGCAGGAGAAAAGGCAGGGGCAGCAGGUGCUGCAACAUAAGCAAGUGCAGCACGGGCAAGAGAAUGAGGAGGAGGGUGAGGGGGAGCAGGAGGAGAGUGACCAUGGGGGUGUUUUUCCCCCCGGCAUGAUGGCAGCACUUCGAGUGCUCUCACUCACAGUAGCCCAGGUGGAUGCUGCCACCUCAGCACUUCUGGAGCGCAAGGCAGCAGCAGGGGCGGGGCCUCUAAGCCCUGCAGAUGCGGGGGAGGCAGUGAGGGAGGCAGCAGGGGGGGAUGGACAGGCGCUACUGCUGCUACUGCAACAGCGAUAA